UUCUCCUCCUCGCAGCCCACGUGGCUGUGAGGUUAGGAGUCGCGGGUCAGAGGUCACGGAAGAUGGUGGAAGGAGCUGAGCCGGUUGAUGUUCGCGUGGUUCGCAGCGGCGGUAGCAAAAUCAGCUACCGGCGGCCCGUCUUCUCGGCCGACAGCAGAUAUUUGCUGUGUGCAUCAGGGGAUCUUGUGAAAGUGUAUAUUACAGCCACACAGGAAUGUGUGCAUAUCCUGAGAGGCCAUAAGAAUCUCGUUACAGGCUUUCAGCUUAAUCCCAAAAAUCAUUUGCAGCUGUACUCUACUUCAUUGGAUGGCACUAUUAAACUCUGGGACUUCACUGAUGGAAUAUUAAUAAAAACUUUUAUUGUGGAUUUUAAACUGCUUGCCCUGUACACAUCUGCUGCUGAUGAAAAGUCCAUCUUUGCUAUUGUUCCAAAAGAUAAUGAUGACGAUUCAGGGAAGUUUCAGUUAAUAUCCAUCAGUCUGCCCAAGUCAACUGCUCAAGAAGUUGAAGCAAAAGACUUUAAUGUCAUUUUGGAUGAUGUAUGUCAGUCACCAAAAUCAAUAGCAUUUGGCAGAGAGGGUGCAUAUGUUGCUUCAGUCAAAGCUCUUGAGCUCCGUGUGUUUUUCUUUGAAAAGAAAAAGUAUUACAGGUUUCCCUUGAGUAUUAAAGGUCAGAACGCUCAGAAAGCAGCCAAUAAUGUAUUCACCUGUGUAGCCUGUCAUCCAAAGGAAGACUGUAUAGCAACAGGCCACAAAGAUGGCAAAAUCCGACUGUGGAGGAACUUUAAUCACAGACAGGAGUAUACCUACUCAGCACAGCACUGGCACCACGAUGCAGUCAAUGACCUGGUCUUCUCAGCAGAAGGCACUAACUUGCUGUCUGGUGGAGUGGAGUCUGUACUGGUUCAGUGGCGAUAUGGAUCUGAAACCAAGAAAGAUUUUUUGCCUCGUCUUGGGGGAGCGAUCGAACAUAUUGAAGCCUCACCUGAUGGUGUUUUGUGUUGUACAUCUCACAGUGACAAUAAAAUAACAAUCAUCCAAAGCAAUCUGAAGCUUUCUGCCGCAAUUCAGGGUUUGGUUAAAGGUCAGGAGAUUGCAACUGGUUUAAUGUUUGAUCCAAGAAGCAAAGCUCUAGUUCUAAAUGGGAAACCAGGACAUUUGCAGUUUUAUUCGCUCCAGAGUGACAAGCAUUUAUACAAUCUAGACAUUGUUCAACAAGAAUAUAUCCACCAAUCGGGACUAAACCAGACUGAAGUGGUCAAGGCAGCCUUUGACUUUCAGGGUACAUGGUUAGUAACUGUGGAAGAAAGGAAAAAGGAAGCAACUGACCUUGAGCUGCAGAUGAAACUUUGGGCCUAUGAUCAGGAAAAACAGAGUUUUGUCCUUAAUACCACAAUAAACGCACCUCAUGAGAGCCACAUUUCAGCCCUUUGCUUCCAAAAUUUGAAUGAUUCCAGAAGUGGGCCGGCUACUUUGGUAACGGCUGGCUUGGAUUGCCAGUUUAAAGUCUGGGUUCUUGGAGAUGAUUCAGAUAUAUACAGAAAAAGUGUAAGCUGGAGCUGUGAUUUUGUGGGAACAUAUCACCACCUUCAGGCCACAAAUUGUAGUUUCUCUGAAGAUGGUUCCCUGCUUGCAGUCAGCUUUGAACAGAUCAUUACUUUAUGGGAUCCAGACACUUGGGAUUUGAAAUGCACCUUCUGCCACCCACCUGGCAAAAUACGAGAUCUUGCCUUUGGAAGACUGAGUUGUUCCAAGUACCUCCUUGGUACAACUGAAAAUGGAUUUUUGUGCUGUUGGAACCUUUUAACAUGUACCUUGGAAUGGAGCACACAAUUGAAUGUAAUGGUAUUGCAAGUUGACCCUCUGUCUGAGAAUGUUGCUGCUUUUACUGAAUUUUCUAGGAUGACAGACUUGUUUAUUUUUAAGCCUAAUGAGCCACGGCCCUUGUACAUGCAGAAGAAUGUGUGUUACGAUCGAGUGCGGUGGGCGCUCUUUGUUCCCAGAGAAUUUCCUGAGGACUAUAAUUCUGACAGUAACCAAUGGCUAGUCAGAUCCCAGCUCUACUUCCUCUCUGCUUCACAGAACUUGCUGACCUUCGGUACAGAAUCAGUAGAAGAAAGGUUGACACCAUCCAACAAGCAGCUGGUCAUAGAAAACAUUCCCAUGACUCCUUUCCAUGCAUUGCUGGGAAAGCAUAGGGAACAACAAACCAAUUUUGGGUCAGAAACAGAACAAACUGCACUGCCUGAAGGAUCUGCUACAGUUAACCAAAUGCUUCACACACCAGCUCAUGUUCUGCCAAAUGCAUCAUUUCUCUGCUUGAUGUUUGUGAAUUCAUUGCUGAUACCCAAGAUGGGCAUAAGCUCAAAAGAAGAACAAGAUGAAGUGGAAAUGGAGAGUGAGAAAGAGGAAGAUGAAUCUGACGUGGAGAUGAAUCCCAUUAAAGAUGAGCAAGAAGCAAGGAAAGCAUAUUCAUCAGAGGAACUGUUACCUAAACUAACCAAAUCUGAAGAAAAAGAACUGAAAAAACUUCGGAAGAUUGAUUACAGCUGGCUAUCUGCAGUAUGGACUGGAGAGAUUGCUUACAGCCAGGGAUCCGCUAGAAAGUGACAAGAUAAAGUGUUAGAUAUUUUUAUAACAAACAUUUAGUCAUGGUUAUCUAUAUAAAGUUUUUUAUAAAAUGGC